AUGUCUCGUGGAAACAAAUGUGUUUAUUAUUUAUGUGGGAAGAAUCCAAGACAUAAUGCUAACUUAAGUUUAUUUGGAUUUCCAAAAGAUUUAGAAAGAUCGAGACAAUGGAUUAAAAAUUCUGGAAACACUGAUCUUAUACAUUUAGAAAUUGAAGAUUUAAGGAAAAAAAAAAUUUGUUCUGAUCACUUUUUAGCUGAUGAUUAUUUAAAUUUCUCAAAAAAAAUUUUAAAGCGUAGUGCUGUACCAGUGCCGUAUGAACCUGUAGUGCCGUUUCAUGUACGCUCACCAAAAAAACUCUACACAUAUCCUUAUAAAUCUUCUGAGAAUAUGUGCAAUUUAGAUCCAUCUUCAAUUUCAAAUUAUAAAUCAACUCCUCUUUCACCUUCAUCAUUUAAAACUCCAGUCAAACAAAAAUUAUCAUUUAUUGAUAAUUCUGAUUCAUGUUGUCUUAACUUUGAAUCGCCAAAAUCUAUUCAUUUGCUAACACCAACAAAAACUAAUUUAACAAUAGGAUCAAAAGAUAACACACCAAUUUUAACUCCAAAAACUCGAUCAUGGUUAGAUAGUACACUUAAUAUGCCAGAAUCUUCAUCUAAUUUUGAAAAACAAAUUCAGAAACUAACAGAAACUACAAAAAAACAAUCAAAUUACAUUAAAAAAAUGAAAGAAAGAAUGGAAUUUAAACAAAAAGUGAUUUCAAAUAAACGUUCAACCAUAGCAAAACUUAAAAAAAAUCUUAAAAAUUCAAGACAUUUAUUUAAAAACAAAAAUAUUUUUAAUUCUUCAAGUUUUCCAUCAACCGAUUCUCAAACUCUGGUUAAAAUGCAAAUCCGUCAAAACAUCAGUAGAAAACCAUGGACAAACCUUGAAAAAGAUUUUUCCCUUAGACUUUAUUACAAGUCUCCAUCAGCUUACAAAUUUUUAAGAUCAACAAAAAUUAAUUUACCUGGUUUAGCAACAAUUAAACGUUGGGUUGGUGCUUCUAAAUUUAGGCCUGGUUUUAAUUCUAAUUUAUAUCAACAAAUAAAAAUGAAAGUUAGCUCAAUGACAUAUGAAGAAACAUUUUGCACCUUAAUAUUUGAUGAAAUGAAAAUUAAACGAUUUUUAGAGUAUUCAAAGGUUUUAGAUACUGUAGAAGGUUUUGAGGAUUUAGGAACUUUUGGGAGGACUUCAGCUAUGGCAAGUCAAGCUAUGGUUUUUAUGAUAAGAGGAAUUUAUUCAUCGUGGAAAUUACCAGUAUCAUAUUUUUUAUCUUCUACAUCGAUGAAAGCCACUACUCUUUCAGAAAUAAUUUUAGAACAGAUUAAUCAGUUGAUGACUUGUAAGCUCCAUGUGAAAGCAAUUGUAUGUGAUCAAGGACCUAACAAUAGAUCUGCUUUAACCAAACUUGGUUUUACUAAGGACAAACCCUGGAUUGAAGUGAAUGGAAAUAAAAUAUUUUCAGUUUAUGACGUUCCACAUCUUAUAAAAAAUAUAAGAAAUAAUUUUUUAAGUAGUGAUUUUAUAUUUAAAAAUAAUAAAGUUUCUUUUCAAGAUAUAAAAAAAACAUAUAUGAUUGAUAAAAGUAGUUCAACUUCUCGUUCUCUUUUAAAAAUUACUGACUCUCAUAUUAAUCCCGGCCCUUUUAAAAAAAUGUCAUGUAAACUGGCCUUACAAAUAUUUAGCAAGUCAAUGUUUGCCACUAUGCGUACUUGUAUUAUGACACAAGAGUUAAAAUCGCCCACUGCCGCCCAUACUGCCGAGUUUGUAAAAGAAAUAAAUAACUUAUUUGAUUGUUUGAAUAGUCAAUCUCUUUAUUGUUCAAAUCCUUAUAAAUGUGCUAUUUCUGAAGAAAGACCACUAAUACGUUUGCAAUUGGAAGAAGCUAAACGUUGGUGUUCACAGUUGAAAAAAUGUAAAGGCCAUGGUCGGCCAUAUACUUUUGAUGGUUUAGAGUGGACAAUAAAUGCAAUAUUGGGUGUGUAUGAAGAACAAAAGAAAAUCGGUUUUCAUUACUUGUUAACUGCUCGCUUAAAUCAAGAUGCUAUUGAAAACUCAUUUUCAGUUUUUCGGCAAAAGGGUGGAUAUAAUAAUAAUCCAACUGCAAGGGCUUUUAGAAUAACUUUCAAAAUGAUGACAAAAAUGCAUCUGAUGAAACCUUCAAUAGCUUCAAACUGUGAGGCCGAUAAUGACCAUAAUAUCUUAGAAGUUGAUUCAUAUACAAAUGUAUUGGAAAAUAAUGACAACAAUGAUGAUUUAAUGGAUAGUUCAUCUUUGUCUUUUUCAUUUGAUGAUGAUGAAUCUAUUGAAAUUCCUAUGGUAUCUCUGUCUAAAUGCUCUGAUAAAUAUUUUAGUGGAUAUUUGGGUAAAAAAUGCAUUGAAAAAUUUAACUGUAAAAAAUGUCAACAAUUUAUGCUAACAGCCACACCAAUUAAUUUUAGUGAUGAAGAUUAUUUAAUUUUUUGUAGAGCAUAUGGAUCAAAAUCAGGUCACUUUGGCUUGAAUGUACCAACAGAUGAUUUUACAAAUUAUAUUUCACAUUGUCAAAAAUUACUGGCUAAAAUUGUUUUAAAAACACCUCAUAAACUACAAAUUGGAUUAAGUGUUAAAAAGUUGAUUGUUAAAAAAAUAUGGCCCAAUCUUGAUAUUGAUUCAGAAUGUACAUCUCAUUUAGAAUUUGUUACAAUGCAUCUUAUUGAAUGUAAAUUGUUAAGAGAUUUUAACUGGAAAUCAAGAAAUAUGAAAGUUCAAACCUUAUCAAAGUUAAAAAUAUUAAAAAAUGUUUGA